UAGCAAUCACUUUUUUAUUGUUCCCUACGUGGUUCAAGUGUGUAGGCUCCCGCGAAUCGUUCUAAGGGUUUAUUAAUUAUAGGCACAGUCGAGCGGCAUCUCUAGCGAUUGAAACGAUGGCGUCAAUUGUGCAAAUCUUCACAGUAUAUGCUCUGCUGGUAGCAUCCAUCAACGCAGCCACGAUAAGGAGUUAUGCUUCCACGCCUAGGAUUAAUAGUGGAGCCGAGUUGAUCUCGUCGAUUGCAGCAGAUUGCUUCAGCACAGAAGUCUUCAGCUGUAUCAAUGAGAAAGUGCUGAACUUCCUGGAUAGCCUCGCAGGUGUACCUUCGGAGGAAUCACGGACAAUGAAGAGUGAAAGUGUGGAGGAAGCUAUUUUCCAACGCGUUGGACGGAUUUUGUCUACAAACGAGUUUAGGCUCGAGUUGCCACGAACCCUUUUCCAAGGAACCGAAGUGAUUUACCGACCAGAUACUGGAUUCGACUUGGCGCUGCCUAAGGAUGAAGCCCGUGGUCUUCUAUUGAAGAAGAAGCUUCUUCUCCCUGUUCUCUUAUUGCUUAAGUUGAAAAUGAAAGCUCUUAUGCCAAUCAUUGUUGCUUUAGUUGGACUAAAAGCCAUGAAGGCUUUGAUCUUGUCUAAGAUCGCUAUUAAAUUGGUGUUGGGAUUCCUCAUCUACCAGCUUAUUCAAAAAUUAGGUGGAAUGAAGAUGGCAAUGAUGCCAAUGAUGCCAAUGAUGCCAUCCACCGAGCCACCAAUGCCAUCAAAUGCCUACGGAGCUCCUCCAUCAUCAUAUGAACCUCAAGAGCCAGCCGGUGGACCCUAUGCUCGCAUCUGGGACGCUUCCCCCAGCUCCUCAGCACAAAACUUGGCUUACAGCGCUUACUACCCAAGCAGUUCUAGCUACACCGCUUCCUCGGCUCCAGCAUCUGGAUCGAGCUCGUCAGCUGCCACUUCAUCGUCAUCUUAUUCGUAAUCGAACUAAUAGUAAGCGGAAAACGAGACCAAAUGAUAUUUCAGAAUAAUCGUUUAAGUGUAAAAAUAUUUAUUUAUUUAUUGUUGACUCUAAAGACGCAAAGACUUUUCGCAACCGAAAAA